CACAGAUUUUGAUUUUAAUUUCUCCCUUUAUCGUUCUUCCUUAAUUGGUUUAUUAAGCUUAAGGUUACCGGAAUCAUGGAUCGCAAGGCCGUCUUCCUCACGGCCCUCAUCUGCAUUGUCUUUGCCUCUGCCGCCGCUCAAUCACCCUCCUCUUCCCCAACCGCCACCCCUGCUCCUCCCACCACCACCACUCCACCUCCUUCCACUCCUCCACCUGUCACCGCACCACCACCCGCUUCCACUCCUCCACCAGUCAGUUCACCACCACCCGUUGCCACUCCUCCUCCCGUCAGCUCACCGCCACCUGUAGCUUCACCACCACCAGCAACUCCUCCACCUGUGGCUUCACCACCACCAGCAACUCCUCCACCUGUAGCUUCACCACCAGCAGCAACUCCUCCACCCGUGGCCUCACCACCACCAGCAACUCCUCCACCCGUAGCCUCACCACCACCAGCUGCCGUCCCGGUCUCUUCUCCGGCAAUGACUCCAUCCGCUGCGCCAUCUCCGUUAACUUUGAGCCCACCAGCACCGCCUACUGGAGCACCUUCUCCGGCCCUCACCACAGAUGUAUCUCCGGCACCAUCAGCCACUGACGUGAGCGGUGUUGAGAAGAUGGAAUCAGUGGUUGGAAGCCUGUUUUUUGGAUGGAUUCUUGUUUACUGGCUACUCUAGAGAUGUAUAUUAUAUUUUUGAUUCAUAUGUGCAUGGGCUCUUAUAUAUAUAUGUUACCACUUGUUAACCGGUGCACCCACAUUAUCGUUUCUUAAUUUCAUUCUAUAUCAAACUACAUUUAUAUAAUAUAGUUUAUUUGGAUUCUUUGAGAUAUUA